AUGACCACUAGCUCAUACGAAGAAGAGAAGCUCCAUCAUACACCAUGGGUAGAAAAAUACAGACCCAAAAAUCUCAAUGACAUUGCAUCACAAGAACAUGCUGUGAAAGUCCUUGAGAAACAAGUUUCAACAGGCAACUUACCCCAUAUGUUAUUCUAUGGUCCCCCAGGAACUGGUAAGACAUCAACAAUACUAGCAUUAGCCAAACAGCUAUAUGGACCCAACUUGUACAAAUCCAGAGUUUUGGAAUUAAAUGCCAGUGAUGAACGAGGUAUAUCCAUUGUUCGUCAAAAGAUUAAAAAUUUUGCCAGAUUGACUGUGAGUAAUCCUACCCCAGAAGAUUUGAAAAAUUACCCAUGUCCACCUUACAAAAUCAUCAUUUUGGAUGAAGCUGACUCAAUGACUAAUGAUGCUCAAAGUGCAUUGAGAAGAACCAUGGAAACAUAUGCCAACAUUACACGUUUUGCAUUGGUUUGUAACUACAUUACCCGAAUUAUUGACCCGUUGGCUUCAAGGUGUUCGAAAUUUAGAUUUAAAUUACUAAACAGUGAAAAUUCCUUAAAUCGAUUGAAAUACAUCGCCAAUGAAGAGCACUUAAACUUGGACAAACUGCAAGGUGAAGAUGCGGUUUUGAAUGAAGUAUUGAGAAUCAGUAAUGGUGAUUUGAGGAAAGCGAUUACUUAUUUACAAAGUGCAUCGAAAUUGAGUACUAGUUUACAAUUGGAAGAUGAUGAAGAUGGUGAUGGAAAAGCCGGAUUGAUAACUAAGCAAUCCAUAAGAGAAACUGCUGGGGUUUUACCUGAUGAUUUAAUUGACAAUCUAGUCAAGACAAUAAGGUCCAAAAAUGAAGAGAAAUUGGUCGCUGUUGUCAAUGAUGUUAUUCUGAGUGGAUGGAGUGCACAACAAUUGAUUGAUCAAUUGCACGAAGUUUUGGUGAUGGAUGAUUCUAUAAAUUCGUUAGUCAAGAAUCAAAUUGCUUUGAUCUUGUUUGAUACCGACAAGAAAUUGAACUUUGGAACUGACGAGCAUAUACAGUUGCUUAAUUUGGUACUACAAGUGUCAAAGAUUAUAUAG